AUGGCUGAUGAUGUAUCUUGCGAAGGCCAAGAGGGGCAGAACUUGGCGCCCGGUGGUGGUUCACCAGAAAAAGGACAUUCUUUGAAGCUUAUCAAGAUUCAAACGGGAGGAGGUGAAGAAGAUUAUGAUACGGGGAAAAGGAGGAAAGUGAUAAUGAAGACAGAAGUGGUAUGCAGCUCCAACAGCAAAGGGUUGCGUUGUUCAAAAGCUUUUAAGAUUCAGACAAGAGCUCUCCUUGAUGAGCAGGAUUCCAACAAGAAUAAGACUUCGAACCUCAAGAAUGAUGGAUCGGAGGGUGGUGUUUCUGAGAAGAAUACUGGAAGCGAAGCCUUGUGCCCUGUUUGUUCCAAGAGUUUCCGUUCGAAGAAGGCCGUGUACGGGCACAUGAGGUGCCAUCCUGAUAGAGAAUGGAGGGGGAUCAAUCCUCCGCCCUCGGCCAAGUCUGAUUCUUGCUCCACUGUGUCGAAGAAAAAUGAUGAUUUGAGCCCUUCAGCCAUGAAAUCAACUGUGGUUUCGUCAGAUAUUAGUCCUUCUCAGCCUCUUCUGCCCUGGACGAAAACUGGAAGGAGGGGCAAGAAUCACCCCUUGAGCUCAUCUUCUACUUCGGUUUUGUCCAGUGAUCUCAGUUUUUCGCAUAAACAUGGAGUUAAGAACAAGAAACAAGUUUCUGAAUGUUUAGGAGGGAAGAAGAGGAAACAAGUUGAGGUGUUACAACUUGGAAGCUUGAGAAAUUAUCCAUCAAAAGAGGUGAGCAUUGAUGGAAGAGGGAUUCUGAUGCUGAAAGAGAAGGCUUUGAUAGAUACUGAGUUAGGGCCCAGAGAUGCAGGCCUUGACAACAACAUAGAGGAGGAAUCAGGUAGCAAGAACACUACUGAUAGAAGCAAAAACGGAAACAAGCUCGAUCAAAAAAUAGUAAGCGAGUCGCCUCUUGUGGCACCCAGGGAGCAUAAGUGCAGCACUUGCCAUAAGGUCUUCCCAACUUUCCAGGCCUUAGGUGGACACAGGUCUAGCCAUAGUUAUAAGAACAACCUCCAAGCCAUGGAUGCCGGAGAAGAAGAGUCUAAAGAAGGUGGCUCCAAGGUGGUGGUAGAUGGGUUCAAGUGCAACAUUUGCAGCAAAAACUUCCGGUCGGGUCAGGCUCUUGGAGGCCACAAGAGGGCUCACUUUCAGGGAUCAACCCAAGCCACACCCACCCAAGACUCGGCCUCUGGAAAAGCCAGCGAAAGUAUGGGAAAUAAAGUGCUAGGUUUUGAUCUCAAUGAGCUUCCUCGAAUGGAGGAAUGA